AUGAACUUUGUACGUCCAGCCUACGGCUCUCUGACAGUUUCUUCAACCGAUUCUCUCGGGUUAACGUCAGGUUCGUAUACGACCCAUCCAGCACUUCAGCAAAGAUCACCGUUCGCUAUUCAGGAACUUUUGGGCUUGGGAAAUUCGGACAGUCCUAAAUCCCGGCCCGUUACCCAAGCAGAUCUCUCCCAGUCUCUUUUUCUUUCUUUCUUUCUUUGCUCAUAUCUAUCUAUCUAUCUAUCUAUCUAUCUAUCUAUCUAUCUACUCAUUCCACUUUCUCAUUUCUUUCAGAAAGAGAGCAUUAAUUAUAUUUUCGUUUAUAUAUUUCAGUUAUCUAUGUUGACAUUACAAUAUUCAUAUGCACCUAUCGUUUCUCUCUCUCUUUCUAUCUCUGUCUGUCUCUCUCACUCUCUCUCUCUUACUCACUCCCUCUUUCUCUCUCUCUCUCUCUCUCUCUCUAUCUAUCUAUCUAUCUAUCUAUCUAUCUAUCUAUCUAUCUAUCUAUCUAUCUAUCUCGGCCUGUUUACAUUUAGCCUCUCUUUCUGUUCAUAUCUAUCUAUCUAUCUAUCUAUCUAUCUAUCUAUCUAUCUAUCUAUCUAUCUGUCUCGGCCUGUUUACAUUUUAGCCUCUCUGUUCUGUUUAUCUUCUAUCUAUCUAUCUAUCUAUCUAUCUAUCUAUCUAUCUAUCUAUCUAUCUAUAUUUAUAAUCCAGCUAGCUAGCAAUCUUCAUAAUCUAGAGAUUCUCUCUCUCUGUCUCUCUCUCUCUGCCUCUCUCUGUCUCUCUCUGUCUCUCUCUCUGUCUCUGUCUCUCUGUCUUUUGUAUCUAUCUAUCUAUCUAUCUAUCUAUCUCGGUCUGUUUCUAUCUAUCUAUCUAUCAAUCGACCGAUGUACCUAUCUAUCUAGGUCUGCUUGUACGUAUGUACGUAUCUAUCUAUCGAUAUAUCUAUAUAUCUAUCUCAGUCUGUUUCUAUCUAUCUAUCUAUCUAUCUCUCUCGGUCUAUUUCUAUCUAUCUAUUAUCUAUCUAUCUAUAUAAUAUCUAUCUAUCUAUCGAUUCGAACUCUUAACAUGGUGGUAACAAUGCAUGUGACAUAUCGAUUAGGCCACUGA